AUGGCCGACAACGCACUGGUGGAAUGCCGAGCGGAAUACGCUAUCGGGACUCUAAUAUUUAUACUAAGAUGGUUUGCGCAAUGGCGGGUCCGCGGAGCGCUCAGCUGGUCUUGGAUUGACUGGUUUUCAAUCUCCGCCUGGUUCUGGUUUACCAGUCUCUAUAUUGAGCUCGAGGUCAUUUGUGUAUUAGGGGCUCCAGUAGGAUUUACUCAAGAAAUGCGCGAAGCCUUGACACCCCAGCAGCGAAUUUCUUACGAGGCGGGCGCGAAGAUCAUGUUUUCAUGCUUUUUCAUACUCAUCUUUCUAGUUUGGAGCUUGAAAGGCUGUUUGAUUUUCUUGUUCCUGUCCUUGACACGCGACACCAGACUAUAUCGUUAUGUACAAAUUGUGGGCAUCAUCACAGCCUUGGCAUGUCUCAUGGCUACCAUAACACAGGCGACGCAUUGUUUGCCUUAUCAUCGAAACUGGCAAAUACUGCCUGACCCUGGCAGAGAGUGCUCGACCGGCUACACAACUAAUAUUGUUAUUGCCACUGGAAACGUGCUUACCGAUGUGCUUUUACUGGCUGUCCCCUUUUUGAUGCUCCGUGAUGUCAAUAUGAAAUUUUGGCGAAAAAUACAGAUUGGGUUCCUGCUGUCGUUGGGUCUAUUCGUCAUUGCAAUGGCCAUCACGAGAUGCGUUCUCUCGAUCGGAGACACCGCUGCUGUCGCCUUGGCAUCCAGUUGGGCGCAGCGAGAAGCGCUCGUGGCUAUAUUUGCCGUCAAUGCACCACUCAUCAAUCCGAUACUGAGCAUGGACUUUUGGAGAGUCACGAAACGAUCAUCACGAGACGCACCUGCCGACGACUCGGACCGCCAAUCAGCUAGAAAAGAGCGACUCGGCAAGCCGAAAUUUAAUGACUUUACAUUAUAUAAAAUGACAAACCUCGAGACUACGAGCCGAGAAAGCACGACGGAUUUGGUUGACAGGACAGCCGUGUCAUUGGAAAGUGCGCCAGGUACUGCCAAGACUCAGGUCAGCACGUGUUAG